CUAUAAAUACCCAGACACUGUCUGUCUCUGUGAGAUGUGACUCUGCUACGGACAUGGCUGCACUCAACGCCUCCAAGCUCUUCCUCGUCUGCAUCUUCAUCGCCUGCUGCAGCUCAGUAUGGUUCGCUGAGGCCAGACUGUCUGACUGCUGCUUGAGUGUCUCAGACAAGAAAGUGGACAAAAAAUGGUUGGCUGACUACUAUUAUCAGGUUGAAGGUCAAGGCUGUGCGAUCAAUGCUAUCAUUUUUGUGACCAGGCGCCAGAAGAUGCUGUGCUUGCCAGUGGACAGUCCUCAGGCUGGAAGACUGAUCAAGCAUGUGGACCAUCUCAAAGAUGUCUGCAGGGAGAACAAACAUCAGAAAAAACGCUGCUUUGGAGUGAACCAAACCCGAUGAAGCGAAGAGAUUGAGACAUUAAUAAAAGAUCAUUUUAAAGUGAAUCAUAUUGUUUCUCUUCUUCAUUUCUCCAUACAUUCAUUCAAAAGCAUUAGGUGAAUUUAGUUUAGCUUAAUAACACAACAUUAAAGACAGUUUAAAAAUAGCAGUUAUCCAGAGAGAGAAGGGAAUGUUUUUAAAAAUCAAAAUGGUAAUUUCAAAUUAUUGCUCAAGUGUAAUUAAUAAGUAAUUCAGUCACAAAACGGAAUUUGACAAAAACACAAUCCAUCUCAUGCAAGAAAAAAAAUAAACUAUAAAUUACAUUUACAUCAUAAUCAUGAUGCAUAAAAGACAAAAUGAAAUGAAAAAAAAUGAAAUGAAAGCAUUGACAA